AUGGCUUCCCAGACUGGUUUGAAAGAAGUUGUGUCUCUUUAUCAAACUCUCAUAAAGGAGUGGAACAGAAAACCCGUUGAUCUUGAGAAAGUUGGAAAGCUUCUGUCUGGAAUGAAGGUGAGUUACAUCUUGUGGGUUUCACCGUACUUUCCAGCGGAAGAACAUGAUACAUGGUUGGAAAUUCACGUUAUCUCGAAACCAUGCUCCAUAUUUCCCGAUGAGAUGUCCUUUUAAUAUUCUUAAUUAACCCUUAGCAUGCUGACUUUGAGUUCAGGUUACAAUCCCUUAAACUGACUUUAUUUUUAGAAACGCACUCAUACACGACAGUUGAUCCUUUCAACAGCAUUGAAAGCUUUACUUUUCAUCAAAUCCCAACAACCUAUAUAUCAAAUUAAAACUUAUGAAAUUUCCUUUCUGAUUAUUCUAUUAUAAUAAACUUUGAACCUGAGUUGCUUUUAAAAUUUAGCUAUGAAAUCAUGUUUUUGACAAAAGUUAUACAUUAACAAAUAACACAUCAUAUUAAUUUCUUCCAAAAAUCAUCUGUACAAGCCUACAAUGGCAACCAGAGUUAAUCCCUAGUCCACCAACUUGAUAAAACAAUUCCUGUGACUGUGACAGCAUUUUUUAAAAUUUAUUUAUUUAUUUAUUUAUUUAAUGGAUUCGUACAGGUACAAGUACAGGUGCAUAACAAUAGGACAUAAGUCCCCUACUUGGUUAAUACACCCACACCCAGCCCCAUAAAAAAUAUCCUGAAAAGAAAUAUCCCGAAAAAAGAUCCCUUCCCUGAUCCAACUAAACUACAAUUCAAAUAAUCUAAAUCACACAGAACAUUCUAAAGUAUACAAAUUAACAACUUAACUUAACUUAACUUAACAAGCACAGACAGAAGAAGUAUUUACAUGGUGACACUAAGGACAAAUUAAUUUAAAAGAACAAAAAUUGUCACCACCAAAAGCCUUCAAAAGUCUAGUAAAAUAAAAUGACUUGAAAGAGCUUAUAGUGUCUGAUUCCUUGAUAUUUUUAGGUAAACUGUUCCACAUCAAAGUUAUUCUGUUGAUUAAGUAAAAGUCUUGAAAGGAAGACGUACAACAGGCAUUUUUCUCAAAACAGUAGCAAGAUUGCAUAUUUGUCAAGUGGACACUUAAUCAAAUUAGGAAUUUAUAUACAUUGUUUGGUUUUGAAUUAGUUCAAAACAGUCAGCUCAGUUGUAUGGGUCUAUGGUCUAAAUUCAUCUAUUUCUGUGUUUGAAUUGACUUCAAAACCUAACAAAACCAAGAAAAAAAAGAAUGAAUAAGGGUUAUGAUCAAUUAAUCAAUUGGUUUCAGCAUCCACAUUGUCAUUAUUGGCAUCAUGUCUUUGAAUGUAGGCAGCAACAUAGUCCUCAACAGUGUGGUACAACUGGAAUCAGUCUUGCAUACAGAGUGCUACUUUACAGACACUGCACUGAAAGCUAGACCCUUUCCUGGCCUCUUCCUUUUAUCUCCUGUCCUUUUUAAAAUCUUCUUUUGGGCAGGAAAGCAAGCCACACAUGCCUGGGUGAUGUUGGACUUCUUCCCAGUCCCCAGUAUUUCCUCUGGGAAGUGACCUCCAACUUGAAGGUGGGUUAAGCCUUUGGCUGACCUCCUUGGGUGGCCUCUUGGAGUGAGAGAAUGGGAGAUGCCAGAAUUCCUAACAAGCUCCUUAACAAGCUCCCUUUGAAAGGUCCUUUGCAGCACAGGUGACCGGGUUCUUUGCUUGUACAGGAUGUAAGCAUUCAGGAUGCUGGAGGAAAACAGAUGGAAAAACACUUUCUUCCACCACAUCAUGGUGCGUCACCUGAAGCAAGAAUAGGCCACCAUCUGAUCACACUUGUCAACUGCCCCCAUGAACUUGUUGUAGUCAUGUACAAUCUGGGGUUUAGUGAUUGGGCGCCCAGUUCCAGGGUGAUUUUGGCCAACUUCUACAUCUGCAAUGGAAUGAACUGAUAACAGCAUCUGGAAUACUUUGUGGUCCUUAAAUUUAACUGCUAGCAAAGUUCCAUUGUUCUUGACAAACUUGUCACCUUUUUUUUUCACUUGUGCCCUUUUAAAUUCCUGGAGAAUACCUUUCCUGUAGCAGGCUAUUCCCAGGCCCCAGUGUUCUGCCUAUAGAGCUCAGCAAAUAAAGUAGGUGAUGUGUAGUAGUUGUCAAUAUACAAACACCUACCCACAUUCAAAUAAGGUUGCAUGAGCCUCAUGACUAAGUUAUAUGUUUUGCCUUUAGCACUGGGUGGUUCUUGGUUUACACCAGUGUAAAUUUCAAACCUACAACAAUACCCAUUACUUGAGUCACACAACUGGUAUGACUUAACACCAUACUUAUCUGGCUUGUCUGGAUUGUACACUUUAAAGAGCACUUUUCCUCUGAAUGGAAUCACUCCCUCAUCUAUGCAAACAUUUUUGCCUGGCUUCCAGACAUCUGAAAAAUUCCCAGUGACAACACUGUAUAUAGUGCCAAGCUUGUGUACUGGGUUAUACCCUUCCUGUCCUCGAGGAACAUAAUUAUCAUUAUCGCACAAGUGAAAAAAUGUUAAAAUGUUCAUAAAUUUGUCUCUUGACAUAAUUUGAGGGAAAAAGGGAGUAGAUAAAACCCCAUCGGUGGACCAGUAAUCCUGGAUAUUGUCUUGAUUCACCAGGCCCAUUGCAAUUAUCAUGGCAAGGAAAGCUUUCAGAUGUCACACCAUCCUCAGGCCAAUUUCUAAACCUUGAGUAGUGAAGUAAAUGAUCUCUUCACUGUAAAGAUGUGAUUGUUUCUGUUGUAUAGUUAUUUGUUUGGGAUGCAAUCUCAUUGAAUGGGUUUUCAGGGAAUUGGAGAUGAAAGUAGUCAGAGAAUGAUGGAUUGUCAGGAAGCUCCACAUUCAACCCUCGAUCAGCUGUGAAGUCAAGCCUUUGCGGGAUACGAUCACCAAGGACCCAGUUGUCUUCUUCGGUUUCUUCUUUGCUCUCCUCCUUGCCAUCACUGUCUUCUUCUCCUCUGUCAUCUUCUUCUUUGCUGCUUUCAGAAUUAUUGGUGUUUUCAUCAAAAUCGCUAUCCUCUCCACCAACAACUUCAUUGAUAGUUCUUUCAUCAACAAAUACAAUAUUGGCCGCCAUCUUUGUUUAUCAGUGUUACUGCUCAUUAAAACAUAUUUCAUGUGAAUUAAUCCUUUUAUUCUACUUGGAUCUUCGGAACUCUGUCAGAUGUUUAAUUUAUGUCCCUUGGGUAGGCCCAUGACCGUAAAACUACAUAAGCCUGACAUAUUCCGAACUUCUCUGCCAAUAAAACAAUGAUGUUCGGAAACUCAGAAUAUUCUGGAACCCAUCCACAUGGACGAACACAUGCGCCCAGAAUAUUCUGGGAGCCACACGAUAAGGGUUAAGUUUAAUUUUUUUCCAAAACCUGCCUUAACAUUCUUAGCUGAGGGUAAUGCGAAGGAAUAUCGAUUCAUUUGACAAAUAUUGUUUGCACCACAGUUACCAUAACUUGAUAAAAUCAAUGACGAAAAUUAAUUUUUUGACUUCUAGAUGGCUUUGAUCCAGUUUUCAUUCUUACCAACUUCUUCAGGCAAGCCAACUUACCAGGAACUUCUUUUAGCAAGUAAGUUUCAAGACUGAUUCCUUCAACAGUUCUGAUUGUAUGACUCUACCUUUUUCAGCAAGGUUUUGUGUAAUUAACACCCACAUAGGAAUGUUCAUGUUUUUCUGUACAAAAAUUUUGUCCAUAGGAGAUGCAUUAGAAAUUGGUGUUCAGUGGAGCAUUUUAAAAAAGGACAUACCAUCAUUUGAAAGAUACAUGGCACAGUUGAAACCAUAUUACCUUGAUUACAAGUAAGGGUAUUGAAUAAACAAUGUAGUUUCUGUGUUAGGUUAUGGACAAGUAAGUAUCCAAGUUUAAUGCUUCAUACGUUUAGAAAAGAGACAUGGUGGCCUUUAAGUGGGUUCACUGAACUCUGUAUUUAAAAGGCCUGGCUCUACCCCCUCUUGCAAUGAUGUUGGGUUUUGUUCUUGAACAAGAUGCUUAAAUCUCACAGUGUAUGCCUCAACCCAUUCAGGAGCAUUAAUGUUGAUGGGUAUGGAAAAAUUGCCGGGAAAACUUGUUGAUUUGUAGUAGGGUCACCAAAAAUGGAAUAGCUCUCUUUAUUCAAAAGAAGAGAAACUUCACUCCCUAUCAUUUGCCUCGUGAGAAUAAGCUGCAGGGGCCAGUUAUACAUGUAUCUAUGGUGAAUAAUGCUAUCCAAUGGAUAAAUGGCUAUCCAGCUGAUAAGUGAUUACAAAAUAUGCUGUGCUAUCCACUGGAUAGAUAUUUAUCCAGAGAAUAGUACUAGUAUUAUCCAACCUUUUAAAAAUUAGGGCCAGCACAGUAGGUUACAUGUCGGAACAGAAAGUAGUAAUGUUUAAAUAUCUUUAAAAUUUUUGGGAAUAAUCUACUUGAUAAUAGUUUAAUCUUUGUUGUGUGAAUUCCAUAGUUGCCAUUAGGUGUAGUAACUUAAGCAUUGGACUUGUUUAAUUUUCACAGGGGCACUUUGGAGGAAUCAGUUUAUAUGUAUCAGCUUCUUGGGCUCAAUCUGUUGUCUCUUCUUGCACAGAAUCGUCUUGCAGAGUUUCAUACAGUGAGUAGUAAUAACAAAAGAUGAAAUUACAUUAUCUGCUAUGUCUUUUCCACUUCAGAAGUUAAAUACUUUCAAGAGGUUAUUGAUGCUAGAACCAAGUCUGAAUAUGCCAAUUGGUCUGACAAAAGUUGCCGUUGUUCUAAUAAAAACAUUAUCUAUGAUGAGAUCAAUGGCCAACUGGGUGAACCCUUUUAAUUCCCAAGAUCUGAUUGUUAUUUCUCCUUUCUGGCUGCUAAACAUCUCCUUGUAAAUUAGUCAUGAUAAUUUUUUGUUAGAUUAAGAUAACAAAUUUUACAUGAUAAUUUUGAGUAUUCUCAUUAUAUGUUUGCUGGAUAAUGUAUGAAUAUUAUGGGGAAAAGUAAUUUGCUUAUCAUGUAAGGGAGUUAGGGGUUAAGAUGCUUAUAUUUUGAUAUUUUUGUCCAACAGGAACUGGAACUUUUACCUGCUAAAGAACUUCAGAGCAAUGUGUACAUUAGACAUUCUGUCUCCCUAGAACAGGUAACGGUCAUGUGAUUAUAUGUGCUAAAACAUAUCCCUCAGUUGUACUUAACAACUACCUAAACUGCCACUGAAAAUUCAAAUAUAAAUUUUGUUGAUAAAUAUUCUAUCAUUUGAAAAAUUGAUUUUUAUUGAACUUAAAUAUGACUCUUCUGUUGUGUGAAAUGGGUUUCGACCUUUUGAUGCACAGUGUAGUAGUUAAAUGUUAUUGAAAUGUUUUUUGCAUUUUGUUUCAAUAGUAUCUUAUGGAAGGAAACUAUAACAAGGUAUUUCUGUCACCACUAACUUAUGUUAUGGUAUAGUGUUACUUAUUUUUAGCUAUUGUUACUUGUGUAGGUUAUGAUUUGUAUUUAUCUUUGUAGGUCUUCCUGGCAAGGGGAAAUGUACCAGCAGACAACUAUCAUUUCUUCAUGAAUAUUCUCCUGGAUACUCUAAGGUAAGUGAGCUUUAAUGACACAGUAAAUGGGUGGCUAUCAAAGCUUGGACAGAUAGGGUCUUUUACCCACUGUUUAUCAUUUGUACUAUCUGUUAGUGUCUGUCUGUCUAUCUCACUGCUUGUCUCUCAGACUAUCUGUCAUUGAUUAUCUGUCCAACUAUCUGGCUAUAAUUUUCUGUUUAUACUUUCCAUUUCUGUCUAUUUGGUUUGUCUGUUGGUCAUUCAGUCAAUCAGUCUGUGGAAAGCAUAUGUUUGUUUCUCUGUCCAAUGUCCCUGUACAUCUCAUAUGGGGAGAAGACAUUCAUGCAACUGAUGUAUCUACAGUUGUCUUUAAACUUAUGGUAUUUGAAUUUACUUGUUUAAGAGAUGAAAUAGCAGCAUGUGCAGAGAAAGCAUAUGAGCAUAUAUCCUUCCCAGAGGCUACCAGGAUACUUUACUUUGAGAGUGAAAAAGAUAUGGCAGCAUUUGCUCAGAAGGUAACUAUUAUACUUAGCAAUAUAUGUAGGGUUGUUACCUCUACAUUAAUUUUGUUUAAAAAGAUACUAAUUAGGUACUGCAUUUAUUAAGAAGCACACACCAAAACAAUAUAUUUUAAAUUUGACCAGCACUCAUAUAUUGUUUAAACUCAUGUAGUAUAUUCAGAAUGUUAAAUGCUUGUGUACUCUUUCCUUUAGCGAGAGUGGACUCUAAAGGAAGAUAAAUACUACUAUUUUGAACCAGACCCAGACAAAGAGAUGAAACAAGAAAUUCCUGCUUACAAAAUGAUUAAAAACAUGCUGGAGUAUGCCAAAGAACUUGAGAGAAUAGUUUAA